AUGGGACAGCAUCUUCGAUUCAGGCAUGUUUUCAGCUGCGAAAGCAACAAGGAGAAGAUCCAGUGGAUUUCUAUGGUCAAUUCCUGCGCGACAGAAUGUAUGCACAAGAUCAAGAAGAAGUGGCAAGGCAGUGAAUCGCCUCGGCACGAAGGUCCGCAAGAUGAAGAUGAAGAAGAUGACCCAUGCAUAUUUAUGGAUAUAUGCCAGCUGGGCGGAGAUCAUGCUUCUUGUGCCGUUCAUGGAAAGCAGCGAGCCACCACCAAGGCAUCAGGAAGAGAUUCGACUAAGGUCUCCGACCGUGCCCGCGGAGAUCAGUUGGCGGUGGGCAACUGCCCCAUCCCUCAGGUGGAUAUCUUGAUUCUGGGGACCAGUUGCAAAGAUAUGUCACGGGCAAACCCGAACAAGCACAAGCAAAAGGAAGCGGUGCUCGGGAAGGGAGGGUCGGCCCAGACUUUCCGUGGCAUGCUGGAGUAUGUGCAGCAUCACUCUCCCAGCAUCGUCAUCUUCGAGAACGUCGAUACCAUAGACGAUCGGGGGGCCACCAGCAAUCUCGAUAUUCUACGCGCAGAAAUGGGGAACCGCGGAUACGAGCACCAAGUCAUCAUGAGCGAUGCUGCGUUGUUCGGGCUGCCGGCUAGGAGGCGCCGUGUGUACGUGGUCUUCCUGAUGCUUGGUCUCGCCUGCAGGAAAGCAGUGGGCUCGGCACUCCUGGAGUUCGGCGAGAGAUCCAUUUCAUCUAUGUUUGCAACCGUACGGGCCGUUAUGUCAGGGUGCGUACGCAGCUCUUGCUGCGGCACGGAGAUUUUCCUUCCCAGAGAUCAUCCUUUUACGGUCUCUGACCUGGAACUUCGUCAGAAUAAGCAGGAAAAGCGAAAGGAGACCCAGGCAAAGUCAGGACCCGCCGCUCAGACUUGGAUGGAUGCACACUUGGCCUUCGCGAGGAAUCUCAAGGUUCGCUGGGGCGAAGCCGUGCCCCGAGAUCUCAAAGAGAAUGUGUGGUACCAGACACUUACAGAGCGAGAGCAAGAUGCCCUACGGCUGGCGAAACUCCAAUCGCCAUCACUGCUUUUUCGUGAUGUCUCUCAAGCAGUGGGCAGAGUAAAUUGCAGCACACUGGACCCAACCACAGGGUUGCAUGUGUUGCCGACUAUUCUGCCGAAAAUGCUGUUAUGGUGCGAGAAAGAAUCCCGUGUGUGGCUGGGAUGCGAAGCCAUGAUUGCUCAAGGUUAUCCAGUUCUCCCACUGCUAGAAGUGUAUGAAGCAGUGAAGCGGCCUCAGGCCUGGACCGCAACGGAAGUGUUGUUGCAAGAGCUCGCGGGCAAUGCGAUGGCCCUCCCAGUUGUGCUGGCGAUCUUGCAGAGCAUAUUCGUCUCGUUCUCAUGGGUGCCUGCCGCUACCGAAGCCGCUUCUUCAAGUACACUGCGGAGGGCAAUUAGCCAGGAGGACGUACUUCAGGCUCUGACGGCCAUUGCCCAGGUCUCUGACCAUGAGAGCGCACCUCUGGAGCGGAGUGCUCCCCCUCCCACGUCGCUGCAAGAGCGUAUUCGCAAGCGGGCGAAGCUCAAGCAUGAGAGCCGUGAGAAUCGAGGUCGCUGA